GUUUCCAUUCUCCACCAUCACAGGCAAAACUCUUUCAUUUGCUCCUUCUGUAGCGUCCCUCUUUCUUGCGUUUGUUUGCUAUACUCCUUUUUCAAUUUCUCUGUCCCAUACUUUUCUUCUUUUCUUCCCAUUAGUUCAUUGAUUCUGAGCCCUGAUUGGCUCUUUUUGCUGAGUUAUUGUUUCUAUAAGUUGAAAGUUUGUCCAAGAAUUUGUUAGCUGAAUCGAUCAUCGCCAAUGGCGGAACGUGUUCUGACUCGUGUUCACAGCCUGCGCGAGCGCCUGGAUGCCACCCUUGCUGCUCAUCGCAAUGAGAUUUUACUGUUUCUAUCAAGGAUUGAAGCCCACGGGAAAGGAAUUCUGAAACCUCAUCAGCUUAUGGCUGAGUUUGAAGCAAUUUGCGCAGCCGACAAGGAAAAACUGCAGGAUCAUGCCUUCAAAGAAGUCCUGAAGAGCACACAAGAAGCAAUUGUGUUCCCUCCAUGGGUUGCACUUGCUAUUCGACUGAGGCCCGGUGUUUGGGAAUAUGUCCGAGUCAAUGUUAACGCACUAGUUGUCGAGGAACUCACCGUGCCAGAGUAUCUGCAGUUCAAAGAAGUGCUUGUCAAUGGAACUGCUAAUGGCAACUUUGUUCUUGAGCUGGAUUUUGAACCAUUCACCGCAUCUUUUCCCAAGCCGACUCUCACCAAGUCCAUUGGUAAUGGAGUUGAGUUCCUCAACCGGCACCUCUCGGCCAAAAUGUUCCAUGACAAAGAGAGCAUGACCCCUCUUCUCGAUUUUCUCCGUAUGCACCAUUACAAGGGAAAGACGAUGAUGCUGAAUGAUAGAAUACGGAACCUUAAUUCUCUGCAAGCUGUUCUGCGGAAGGCAGAGGAGUACCUCUCAACACUGCCUCCGGAGACGCCAUAUGCAGAUUUUGAGCAUAAGUUCCAAGAGAUCGGAUUGGAGAGAGGAUGGGGUGAUACUGCAGCGCGAGUCUCGGAGAUGAUCUCGAUGCUUCUCGACCUUCUUGAAGCUCCUGACUCCUGCACUCUUGAGAAAUUCCUCGGCAGAAUUCCAAUGGUUUUCAAUGUCGUUAUUCUUUCCCCACAUGGUUACUUUGCUCAAGAAAAUGUCUUGGGCUACCCUGAUACUGGUGGCCAGGUUGUCUACAUUUUGGAUCAAGUCCCUGCAUUGGAGCGCGAGAUGCUUAAACGUAUCAAGGAGCAAGGACUUGAUAUCAAACCACGAAUUCUCAUUGUAACUCGGUUGCUCCCAGAUGCAGUGGGGACUACCUGCGGCCAACGGCUUGAGAAAGUGUUUGGAACCGAGCACUCACAUAUUCUUCGAGUUCCGUUUAGAACUGAGAAGGGAAUUUUACGCAAAUGGAUCUCCCGCUUUGAGGUUUGGCCAUACAUGGAAACUUUUACUGAGGACGUCGCCAAGGAAAUUACCGCAGAAUUGCAAGCCAAGCCAGAUUUGAUCAUUGGAAACUAUAGUGAGGGAAAUCUUGCAGCCUCCUUGCUGGCUCACAAGUUAGGGGUAACACAGUGUACCAUUGCUCAUGCACUGGAGAAAACCAAAUAUCCUGAUUCUGACAUUUACCUGAAAAAUUUCGAUGAGAAGUAUCACUUCUCAUGCCAGUUUACUGCUGAUCUCUAUGCAAUGAAUCACACUGACUUCAUCAUCACCAGCACAUUCCAAGAAAUUGCCGGAAGUAAGGACACCGUUGGACAAUACGAGAGCCACAUGGCAUUCACAAUGCCUGGAUUGUACCGUGUUGUCCACGGAAUUGAUGUGUUCGACCCAAAAUUCAACAUUGUCUCUCCAGGAGCCGAUAUGAACCUCUACUUCCCGUAUACAGAGAAGGAAAAGAGACUUACAGCUUUCCACCCUGAAAUCGAGGAGCUUCUCUAUAGCGAUGUUGAAAAUGAGGAGCAUCUGUGUGUGCUGAAAGACAAGAAAAAGCCCAUUUUAUUCACCAUGGCAAGAUUGGAUCGCGUGAAGAACUUGACGGGACUGGUGGAAUUGUAUGCCAAGAGUCCAAAACUCAGGGAAUUAGUUAACCUUGUCGUAGUUGGUGGUGACAGAAGAAAAGAAUCUAAGGACUUGGAAGAACAAGCGGAGAUGAAAAAGAUGUACAGCCUCAUAGAAACCUACAAGCUGAAUGGCCAAUUCAGAUGGAUUUCAUCCCAAAUGAACCGUGUGAGGAAUGGUGAACUCUACCGCUACAUUGCUGACACACGAGGUGCUUUUGUGCAACCAGCAUUCUACGAGGCCUUCGGUCUGACCGUUGUCGAGGCCAUGACUUGUGGUCUGCCGACUUUUGCAACUCUCCACGGUGGUCCAGCUGAGAUCAUUGUCCAUGGAAAAUCUGGGUUCCACAUCGAUCCAUACAACGGUGAACAGGUUGCUGAGGUUCUUGUUGAUUUCUUUGAGAAGUGCAAGCAUGACCCUUCUCAUUGGGAAACCAUUUCAGCGGGCGGCCUGAAACGUAUCCAGGAGAAGUACACAUGGCAGAUUUAUUCAGACAGGUUGUUGACAUUGGCCGGAGUCUAUGGAUUCUGGAAAUACGUUUCCAAGCUCGAUCGUCGUGAGAUCAGACGCUACCUUGAAAUGUUUUACGCGCUCAAGUUCCGUAAGUUGGCCGAAGCUGUUCCACUUGCAGUUGAGUAAAAGAAACAAAAUGAUGCUUCUGCUGCUGCCAAAUAAAAGAGAAUUGAAAUUGCUGGAAGAAGCCUUCCAAAGGCUUCUGCCUUAUUUUCCUUCUUGGUUUUCAAUUGAAUGUCUUAUGGGGCUAUGACCCAUAAGAUGAUGCUAUUUGUAUCUUUUUAUCCUUUCCAACUUUCCUCAAAAUUUUGUACCUUCUUCUUUGUCCCAUUGAAGCAAAAUAUGUAACUUUGACAUUC